AUGGACAAUAACUUUGAUGAAUAUGAGCAGAUAGGUGGAAAUGACAUGAUGGUGGACGACUACGAUCAAUAUAACACUGACCGCGCCGAUGAUGUCCUGGUGUCGCCGUCGGGGUCGCCCAGUGAGACAGAGGCAUUGCCUGAGCUGCUCGCUGACGAUUAUGAAGCGAUGAAGGCGAGGUUUCUCCCAACAUUCCCCGAAAUGGAGGUAAUAGCAGAGACACACCACACUUGGCAUAUUCAGAAUUGGACGAAGCGAAUACUCUUCUUCCCUUUUGGCAACCAGAUAGCGGACUACGCCUCCUUCUACCUCGAACACGGCUAUGGCGAUGCAACCCCGGAUAAUUGGUACUCAUGUGUCUCUUUUGCGUUGGUACUGUGGAAUAAGAACAACCCUUCUGUUUACGUACCUCACUUUGCCCACCACCGAUUUACAGCUGUUGAUGGAGAUUGGGGGUUCACGCGAUUCUGUGAGCUCCGUAAAUUGUUCAACGGCUCGUUGGACGACAACAAACCCCCUGUAGUAGAGAACGAGGAGGCUUGUGUGACGGCCUAUGUGCGUGUUGUAAAAGACCCCACCGGCGUCCUUUGGCAUAAUUUCCGAGAUUAUGACUCUAAGAAGGAGACAGGCAUGGUCGGCUUGAAGAACCAAGGCGCCACUUGUUAUCUAAACUCUCUCCUGCAAUCUCUCUAUUUCACCAACUCCUUUCGAAAGGCCGUUUACCAAAUCCCCACCGAGGAGGAAGCGAAGAAGUCAAACAGCGCCUGGACAUUACAACGAUUAUUUUACUCUCUCCAGACAAGCGAAAACCCGGUAUCCACACAGGAACUCACGUCUUCUUUUGGAUGGGAAUCAAGACAGAUAUUCGAACAGCAGGAUGUCCAGGAAUUGUGUCGCAAACUGAUGGAACGUCUAGAAGAGAAGAUGAAAGGAACACCGGCGGAGAAGACCCUCUCUGACCUUUUUGUUGGAAAGACGAAAACUUAUAUAUCAUGCAUUAACGUUGACUAUGAAUCCUCGCGGAUAGAGGAUUUUUGGGAUAUCCAGCUUAAUGUACGGGGAAACAAGACCCUAGAUGACAGCUUUAAAGAUUACAUACAGGUUGAGACUUUGGAAGGCGAAAACAAAUAUGACGCCGGAAGCCCGUACGGAUUACAGGACGCUAAAAAAGGUGUUAUUUUCGAAAGUUUUCCACCUGUCUUACAUCUUCAUUUGAAACGGUUCGAGUAUGAUAUCCACCGUGAUGCAAUGAUGAAAAUCAAUGAUCGACAUGAAUUCCCGGAAGAAUUCGAUGCGUCCCCUUACCUCUCUGAAAAUGCAGACAAAUCAGAGCCUUGGGUAUAUCAAUUAUACGGUGUCCUCGUUCACAGCGGUGAUUUGAACGCUGGACACUAUUUCGCCUUUCUGCGGCCGACAAAGGAUGGCUUUUUCUAUAAGUUUGACGAUGACAGGGUCAAUAGGGCAAGCAUUCGAGAGACCCUUGAAGAUAACUAUGGAGAAGACGUCAACGAUCUUUCGAAUGGCAAUGGACUGCGUCAGCCUUUGACCAGAGCCUACUCGGCUAAGCGAUCAACGAACGCAUACAUGCUUGUUUAUCUUCGUAAAUCGAGAGUAGAUGAGUUGCUAGUGGAUGUUGUGAAAAACGACUUCCCUGCUCACCUUGAGAGAAGGAUAGCAGAGGAGCGAGCUGAGUUGAUAAGGCGGAAAAAAGAACGCGAAGAACAACAUUUAUACAUGCAUGCUGGAGUAGUAACAGACGACUCUUUUAAGCACCAUCAUGGUUUCGACCUCACGAGUUUUGAUUUACAGUCUACGGACCCUGCGGCACCCAGUAUUCACCGAAUUCUCCGUACUACUACGGUUGGGGAGUUUGCCAGCAAAUUAGCUGAAGAAAGGGGACUAACAUUAGAGCAAGUCCGCCUCUGGGUCAUGGUUAAUCGGCAGAACAAGACGACUCGGCCUGAUCAGCCAUUACGAGAUAUGAACAUGACAAUGGAGCAAGCAUUCAGUGACUUUGGCAGCAAAGGACACCCAUUCCGGAUUUGGCUUGAAAUAGGCGUGCCUGGAGUUGAUGGUAAAAUCGCCUGGCCGGAAACACGUGGAGCGAACGCUUUGACCCUAGUGUUCUUGAAAUACUUUGAUGUUCAUGCCCAAACAUUAACGGGUGUCGGCCAUGUAUUUGUACGAAAACAGUCAAAAGUGUUAGAACUCGGUAGUACCAUUCUGGAUCUCAUGAACUGGCCUCCUGGGACAUCUUUCUUAUUAUAUGAGGAGAUCAAGCAUGCUAUGAUUGAGGCUAUGAAGCCUAAGCAGACCUUUCAACAGUCGGAAAUCCAAGAUGGUGAUGUCAUAUGUUUUCAGAAAUCAGUCAGCGAUAUUGACCUGCCCCCAACUGUUAUAUAUCGCACUGCCCAACAGUAUUACGAUUUCCUCUUGAAUCGUAUUGUUGUCACAUUCGCACCCAUCGACGGAGAUAGUACCUUUAGCCUGACACUUAGUCAAAAGAUGACAUAUGACCAAUUCUCCACGAAAGUGGGAGAACAUCUGAAGGUCGACCCGACACACCUGCGAUUUGCACUCAUCUCUUCGACCACCAACAAGCCGAAGCCCUUCAUCAAACGUAAUAUUGCACAAAAUCUAGGCCAGUUGCUUCUUAGCCAAUACAAUCCCUAUGGACCUUCGAGCCAUAGAAAUGAUGCCCUCUUCUACGAAAUUUUGGAAACCAGCUUAAGUGAACAUGAAAUGAAGAAGAGCAUAAAGCUCACUUGGCUUCCUGAGGGAAUUGCUAAAGAGCAAAACUACGACAUUCUCGUUCCUAAAAAUGGGGUUGUGUUGGAUUUACUAGCCGGCCUCCAAAAGAAAGCCAACCUCAGUGAUGAAAUUAUGCCUGAUGUGCGAGUUUUCGAGGUCCAUUCCGGAAAGAUAUUCAAGGAGCUGGACGACAACUUUAGUGUAGCUGGAAUUAUGGACUACGUUACUCUCUGUGCAGAGCCAAUACCCCAAGAAGAGCUGCAUAUGGAGGAAGGCGAGUUCAAGAUCAAUGCUUUUAAUUUUGACAAAGAGCUGCAGAAGUCCUAUGGUUUCCCCUUCAAAUUUGUCGUGAAGCCAGGUGAAAUAUUCAAGGAUACGAAAGAGCGGUUAUCAAAGCGGACAGGCAUAAAGGGCAAGCAAUUUGAAAAAAUCAAGUUUGCUCUUGUCUCUCGGACUCAAUAUUCAACUCCUGUGUAUAUCGAGGAUGAUAAUGUACUUGCGGACCUCGCGAUAGACUCCGAGCAACAACUGGGUCUUGACCAUGUAAAUAAGAAUCGCAAUUUCUGGAAUCGAAGCGAGGGCUUCUUUAUUCGAUAG